AUGCAAUGUACCUUCACUUUUAACUUGUUGACCCCCUUUUUAAAGUCUGUUUUUAAAAGCCAUUGUGACGAGCACUUAAAAACGCACACGGGAGAAAAACUUGAGUGUUCACAAUGCAAGAGACUUUUUGCAAGUUUUCAUCUUCUUCGCAUGCAUCUUCGCUCGCAUGCAGAAGAAUCAGUAGCAGGAGAUGAUUUUGAAGCCAAUGAUUAUGAAUCUAAUGCUGCAAUGGUUCUAGAUUCCUUUCUGGUGCCAACAACUGAGGAGAAACCCAAAGAAUCUGAUGUGUUGGAGAAGCCACCAGAAUCGGUCGAGGGCAAAUACGAUCUACCAAGCACAGAUCUUAAUGCUGCCCCAAAUGUAUCUGUCAUCCGUCAUCUGCAGUGUACCUAUUGCCACAAGUUGUUCUCGCGUUCGUCCAACCUGACUAAGCACCUGAAUAUACAUACCAAAGAGCGUUCGUUCAAGUGUAACCACUGUGACAAGACGUUCUUGCAUUCGUUUGCACUAACCCGUCAUCUGCGAGUGCACACAGGUGAGAAGCCCUACAAGUGUGCUCACUGCAGCAGGUAUUUUUCUGACCCCAGCACACGGAACAGACAUGCAAAGUUACACACGCAGAAACAAAAAAGCCUGACAUUUGGUUACAAGGAUGGUAACCGAGAUAUCACCAACAACAGCAAUGCUGGUUUUGACAUUCAGUUAAAUGGAAAUUAUUCUAAGAAAAAUAAUAUUGAUGAUUUUAAUUGUGGCUCCGUCCAACGAGCAAGUCAGCUCUAUUCGUCUCUUGAUAAAAAAAUGGCAGGUCGUGAAGAAUUGACAAGGAAUAAUAAUAGUACAGAUGAAGAUGAUGAUGAUAUGCAACCUGUCUUGGAGAUUUUAUCUGCCAACCAGGAACAGUCUUUCAUUAUUAAUUCAGAGAACACAAAACAAUUUGAUGUGAUCAAUGACCUUUAA